CGGUCGGAAGAAGGAUGCUUCGAAGUGUUCCCCGUUGAGGGAUCCUACUAUCGGACACCCCACCCCCCACCCCCAAUCCUUGGCUCCCUUCAGGCCGUACCGACCUUCCCCCUUCUUGCGCUCCGUGGGUUACACGUGGUUGGCGUUCCGAGUGAUUGUUCAUCGUUUAUACGGGAAUUAAAUAUUUGUUUGUGCCUUUUUCCUCCAUCCAUUGAUUCAUUCACGAGAAAAGGAAAACUUGUUUUCGUUACUUUCGAGAUAAAGUUACUUGGGUGAUCUACAGUGUUGUUUGGAUAUUGCAGAAAAGUAAAGUUUAUGAAAGGUACAGGAAAUUCGGGUAAAUAUCAGUGAUAAGUGACGUAUCUGUUCAAGUUUUUUUUAUUUUUUUUAUUGACGUGAGUCAACGACAACUUAGUAACACCGAACCGGAAGUUGGAAUAUGUGACAGCGUUGAAAGAGUUAUUCUUGAAUUGCGAGGCGGCCUCCAAAACAGAAGUACCUACACGGUGUAUUUUAUUGUCAGUGACGUCGUUUUCUUGUUGUUGGUUACAUGUUGUUAGCAGCUUUGGAAGAGCUAAAAUGCAAUAUUGCGCUUUCUUCUGAGAGUUGAAAAAUAAAAUAAGAAAGGUGGAAAUAAAAGCACCAGUUUAAAUUCAUGCGAGACACACCUGUAGAAAAGUAAGGCAUUUGUUUUGACCAGUAUCUUGGGUUAACACACCCGCCCUUCUGUAGAGGCAGCUGAGGGGAAACAAGGAGCCAAACGCUGUUCUGGAACAGAGUGCGAAAUCAGAUGAAAAGGAAUGAUGUGACUGAAGGAGUAUAUAACCUGAGAGCUCUUCGGCCAGUCGCUUCCUCGCCCUUCCCAAUCAUGGAUGGCCACUUGCUUUUUAUAGUCCUGUUGGGACUGCUGCUGAUAUCGGGAACACACACCUUAGCUUGUUGGCCUGACUACAUCGAGAAAGCGGGGAGGGAUGCUCAGCUGGUCCUCACAGCCAAGAUCACCGAGGUCGGGUCGACGCGGGGCCACGGGAGGAACCGGACCUACAAGAUGGUCACGGUUCAAAUCAAGGACAUCCUCAAAGGCGAAGAGAUUUAUCUCAAUCAUUUGAAGGAUCUGUUGUCGGACGAGGAGGCAACACUCCUCGAGGACCCUUUCGACCUCUCCGACGAAGUCUCCGAAGACGCCGAUGAUGUGGGCGGCGCCCUCACAUCGUCAGAAGUCCACACUUCAGGGGACUUGAUAGGCGUCGAAGGGGUCAGGCUGAGUGCAACUUGCGGCGGUCGAGUGCGAACCGGUGACACUCAGGUCUUCUUCUUGAAGCCCAGAGGCUCGGUUGAGGUCACUCGGGAUAGGCCAAGGGUUAUCCUCGAGGUGACCUCCCAGCCACUCAAGGUCAACCUCAACACACUCAGGCUUGUGGAGGCUGCAGUUGAAGGUAAGUUAGUUCCAUUGAAUUAUAUUGAGUCUUUAACUAGAUUUGAAAAAGGUCUUGUACUACAUUCCAGAACUGUGACUUCUGGUUUGCAUAGAGAGAAUUUUUGUUUUUAUUCAUAG